GCUGGUGGUGUUCAUAAUCUACAAUUGGGUACGCUACUCCCCUUCGAGUAGCCCUCUACAUACUUGGAGCCUUAGCAAUAGGCAGAUUACUUCUUACUAUUCUCCUUGUUUAUGGCAAAACGCCAAGCGAUCUAUUUAUAGUUCAGAAAAAGGGUCUACCGCCUUUUCCUCUUUUACUAUCAUUAUUAAUAUAUAUAUAUAUAUAUAAAAGGGUGUGGCGAAUGCUAAGUGAAACUUCCCUACGAGAGUUCUACGAGCACGUCUUCCCCGUUGAGCUGAUAACAACUUGGUUAGCCUAUGACCUCUCUUCAAAUGACCCCGCCGAGCAUCCUGAUAAAGUUGAUUCCAUUAAUAAAUCAAAUGGGAAUGUGCCGAUGAAUGCCGCAGCUUAUCUCGCGCGACGGGAAUUCUGUUUUACCCUCCGCGGGGAUAUUUUCACGCGCUUUCGCAGCUUUUUAAAUGCCCAGGAGCUUCGCGAAGAGCUAAUCAAGUGCAGUCCUGAAAAAAUUGACGUUGGAGGCGUGUAUAAUAUUCGCCCGAAUUCGAAACAAAGCUUCGUGAAUAUUUCCCCGCAGGAGCGCGAGCUUGUUUUUGAUAUCGACAUGAGCGACUACGAUAGCGUACGCUCUUGCUGUAGUGGAAAGGCAAUUUGUUUGUAUUGCUGGGAAUGGGUCGCCUGCGCAAUUAAUGUACUGCGGAAAGUUCUUUCAGAAGACUUUGGAUUUAAACACAUGCUGCCUGUUUUUUCCGGAAGGCGAGGGGUUCAUCUUUGGGUGUGUGAUAAACGCGCGCGUAAAAUGCGGAAUGAUGAGCGCGCAGCCUUAGUAGGAUAUCUCGCCGUCGUGGAAACGAAAAUCACGAAGGGUAGUGUCAUCGAUGAUCUCGUGAAUUAUCACAAGAUUCAUCCAACGAUCGAAGGAAUUUAUGAAGAGUGUAUCAAGAAAAGUUUUGAGAAACUUUUUAUCGGUUCCAACAUGAACCCCAAUAACAUGGAGCAUAACCCUCGAUCCGCAUCGGUGGUUAUGAAUGCGAUGAAAAAAGUCCUGACGAUGAAUCGCAAAACACUUCUCAUAGAUUUUAUGCGCAAAAUCAACUUCGAAGAAGGGGGAGUGUUGGAGUUGAAUGAUAUUAAACGUGCGUUAAAGAAUGAAGAUGAGGCUCAUCCAAUUAUAUGCGCCGCGCAGCUUUUUCUGAUGUAUCCUCGUCUAGAUGAACACGUUACCACACGUCGGGAUCACCUAUUAAAACUCCCUUUUUGUGUACACGCAGGGACAGGCUCGCUUUGCUGCCCUCUUGACUGGGAGACUUUGUCGAGUUUUGACCCUCUGAAAGACUCUCCAAAUUUAGAGAAUAUGAUACUCAAUCGGUCAUACAAUCAUAAGUUUGAAGGGCCUCUUCGGAAAAUGCUGAAUGAUAUGCAGAAUGAUCCGGACGAGAUUUGAAGGUGCAGGAAAGAAGUUCAUGAUGCCCAUGUGCCUGCUUAAAUGACAUAGAACAUCCAUAGAAGAACUUAAAAUGGCGAUAGUAAUAUUAAUAAUAAUAAUAUACUGAUAAAGAAAGGAUGAAGGAAAAGUAUUGUUGUUGUUUGUUUGCUUGUUUGGGGGGAGAGGGGAGAUACCCCUUCCGAGUACAACCCAUUGCGCAUAUGUACAGCACAUGUGAUGCCUUGAGGAAAA